AUGCUCCAGCAUGCGGUGUGCGAGGCAGGGGCAGACCGUGUUGCCGUCCUCUCCUUCCUCGAUGCCCGGUCCGCUGAAGAGCAGGAAGUGGUCCGACGAGAGAUUUCAGAGGAGGUCAAGGCCCUGCGCACCCAUGGUCGCUGCGCCAGCUAUGCAGCAUCCCUGAGACACCUCUUGGAAUCUGACUCGUAUGGAAUCAUCAUUGCCGGCUCAAAGGGUAUCUGCCAGGUCCACGCUGCACUCGAGAGCCAUGUUCAGGAGAGCUACCGGCUGCCAAAACAAGUGGGUUUGGUGCUUCUGAACGGAGCAGAGGCCCCCGCUGCGAUGGACGUUGGUGCAGGAGCCUUUGGCCCAGACUUCGCAGCAGAGGCGGCCCAGUUCAUCGGGCAUGCAAAGGUGUGCCGCCUUGUGGUCACUAGCCACGGCGCGGAAGCCUCGGCCUCCUUUCGUCGAGCCGUGCGCCGUGGUACUGCUGCUGCUUCUGCACAGAGCAUCGUCGUCUACACGGCCUUGGAUUCGCGUUGCCUCCCAAAUCGCGAGACGCAUUCGCUGCCUUGGUCUCUGACCUUUCCAGAGGAGUGUUGGUUCCCAGGCUUCGGGAAACCCCCGCGGCUUGUGAACGCAGAUGGGACGACGGCGGAAAUUCAAUCCAGUGGCCCCGUUCCUUUGCUCUAUCUUGUUCGAUGGGCAGGGGCCUUCCUGCAGGGUCCGGGCGGAGGAUCUCAAAGUGAUCUGGAACCACUUCUCCAGAUUCCACAAUUUCCUGGUCCGCCAAGAUUUGCUGAGAUCCGGAUUGAGAUUGCCCGAAUCGGGAACUGCUGCCCCUCAGAGGUUGUUUUUCAACCUCUUGGAUCGGUUCAGACUCCAGGCAUGGGUCCCAGCUACGCUCCUCUCGGCUCGAGUGGCAUUGUCUUUGAGGGGGACGUCUAUGACAUCUUAUUCGAUUCGCAGGUGAGUGAGCUGCAGGUAGUGCUCAAGGACAUCCGGAGUGGUUGCCAGACACACGUGAAUGAGAUCCUUGCGCAAGAGGGGCAGUAUGCCGUGCGAAGGGUACGGUUCUUCCGCUACUACGAGGAGAAGUCUGCCAAGAUCGGGCCCCUACUCCACAGCGAAGCACACCCGGAUGCGACAGAGCAAGACUUGCAGAUCCAGGAGCUUGAGUUCAUGAUCCACGAGUUGCUUUGCAUGAACAAGAAUCUUGGCAACUUUCUCUGGACGGGUUUCAUGACACCUGCGACAGCUUUCUCGCCCACCAACCGUUUUGGAGCAGACCUUCUGGAAGUAGUCGUCGAGGUCGAGCUGGCUCGUCUGGGCGGCGUCUACCGCGGCUUCAGCCGGGGCCGUGUGGAUGCUGAGCAUUCCUUGGUGGGGCACUAUUCCCUGACAGGACGCCACGGGUCUAGAAAAUGGUAA